CUUCCCUGCUUCAAACCACACGCAGCAUUGGAGUCGGAAUCAACUACGGCCAGAUUGCCAACAACCUCCCCUCACCCAGACGAGUCGCCACGCUCCUCAAAUCCCUAAACAUCAACAGAAUUAAGCUCUACGACGCCGACCAGACCGUUCUCUCCGCCUUCCUCAACACCAACGUCGAAUUCAUCAUCGGAAUCGGAAACGAAAACGUCGGAACGAUGAUGGACGUCAACAAUGCUCAAGCUUGGCUCCAACAGUUCGUCCAACCUUAUAUCCCCAACGCCGGAAUCACCUGCAUCACUGUCGGCAACGAGGUCUACUCAAGCAACGACACCACCUUAAUGGCCAAUCUCCUCCCCGCAAUGCAGUCUGUUUACCAAGCCCUCGUCUCAGCCGGAUUAGACAAACAGAUAAGCGUCACCACCGCUCACUCCUUCAACAUCUUAGCCAACUCUUACCCUCCUUCCUCAGGCUCCUUUCGCGGAGAUCUAUCUCAGUUCAUCCAACCCCUCCUCAACUUCCACUCCAUGACCAAAUCUCCGUUCCUCAUAAACGCUUACCCAUACUUCGCCUACAAAGAUGAUCCCAAUUCCAUCUCUCUGCCAUACGUUCUUUUCGAACCGAAUCCAGGAGUGGUUGAUCCGAACACCAAUCUGAAAUACGAUAACAUGCUCUACGCUCAGAUCGACUCUGUUUAUUCUGCGAUUAAGGCGAUGGGUCAUGUGGGGGACGUUGAUGUGAAGAUUUCGGAGACGGGCUGGCCGUCCAAAGGGGAUCCAGAUGAGCACGGAGCCAGUCCGGAGAACGCGGCGGCUUAUAAUGGGAAUUUGUUGAGGAGAAUAACGAUGAAUGAGGGGACGCCAUUGAUGCCAUCCGUGCCCAUCGACAUCCAUGUUUUUGCGCUGUUCAAUGAGAAUUUAAAACCGGGGCCGACUUCGGAAAGGAAUUAUGGCCUUUUCUAUCCUGAUGGAACCCCGGUUUACAAUAUUGGCCUCAACGUUGGUGGUCACCUUUCUGGAUAUUCAAACUCGUCCGCUUUAAUAUAUGAGAGUAGAGAUGGGUUGAGCUUUUCACUUGUCGUAGCAGUGCUUACUGUUUUGAUAUUAUACAAUAAAAGAUGAAAAUUUGGCUACCAGAAUGAUUUUUUUGACGGAGUAGCCACUAUUGCAACAUCUGCUUUUGCCUUCAUUUACUUUAUUAGAUUGUGAAGCUGGAGACAUCUCUCAUAAAAGCUGCGGGGUUUUUUUAAGUGGCGGCCUGUUUUGGUUAGAUGAAAAGGGCGUGGCGUAUUAUGUAAAGUGGGAGAGCGUAAUAGAGGAAACGAUUCAACAUUCUUUUCUGUAGACAGAAGAAAAAAAAAAAUUCAACUUCCUGUUA